GUAAUAAACAAGCACACCGACGCACCCCACCUUUGUCCUUAUCCAUAUCAUAGUCCAAUUUUCCGUUCUCACUUCGCAUCUUCUUCUUUCCAUCCAGUCUCUCUAUAUAUACAUUUCACGUUUAAUCGCAUAUAUAAAACAGCUUCUCUGCGAAGAAUUUGGGAUAUUAUUUGUUGCAGAAACAUCGUUGGAAGGGUUUUUACUAAGAAUCUUUCGAUCCUUGGUUUUGUGGACAUCAAUUCUUGAUUCAGUUUCUCAUCUUUGAAAUCCAAUUCCUCCUUGCUCAAUAACAUACAUUUUUAUUUACACAAUUUAUUCGAUUAGAUAGUCGUUCAUAAUUUUAUACACAUUAGAGAUAGAUAAGAAGAAAGGUAUUUAUACAGAGGGUUUAGAGAUAUACACCCAUUGAUUAGAUUAUUAGUUAUUUUUAGGUUUUAUAAGAGAAGAGGGAUGUUGGGGGCAGGAUUGCAGUUUAACAGGAGUAGAAAUGGAGAGGAUCAAUUUUAUAGCGCCGCCAGGGCUCGCCGGAGCCAAGAUCAUUUGCGGAGAUCUCAAAACAGGAGUCAAGCCGAUGUGACGCCGGAGAAAACCAAGGGGGUUGCUGCCUCGCCAAUGUUUGAACCGGCGUCCUCGUGUAAUCUGGAACGGUUCCUGGAGUCAAUAACACCCUCGGUGCCGGCUCAACGAUUAUCAAAGACAGCAUUGAAGGAAUGGAGAACUAGCAAUGAGAAUUGUCAACCGUACUUUGUGCUAGCCGAUUUGUGGGAGUCAUUCAAGGAAUGGAGCGUAUAUGGUGCAGGAGUGCCAUUGAUAAUGAAUGACAGUGACCUUGUGGUCCAAUAUUAUGUUCCCUAUUUAUCGGGUAUACAAUUGUAUGUUGACCCUUCAAGGAGUAUGGAAAAUUCAAGGAGACUUGGAGAGGAAAGUGAUGGUGACUAUUUUAGGGAUUCAAGUAGUGAAGGAAGCAGCGAUUGCGAACAGGAUAGAGGUAGCUUCAACCAUUCAAUUGAGCAACGGAGCUAUCAUCACCAAACAAGUAAUAAUGCUUGUAGAGUAGAUCCAUUGUCCAUGAGAGAUCAGGCGUAUCAAGAAAGCUUUUCUAGUGAUGAAAGCGAUUCCGGAAGUUCACAAAGUCGCUUGUUGUUUGAGUAUCUUGAACGGGACCAACCUUAUAGUCGGGAACCUUUGGCAGACAAGAUAUGUGAUCUUGCUCUCCGUUUCCCUGAACUAAAAAUGCUCAGAAGCUGUGAUCUACUACCUUCCAGUUGGAUUUCUGUUGCAUGGUAUCCCAUUUAUAGGAUACCAAUGGGACCAACUCUUGAAGAUUUGGACGCUUGUUUUCUGACUUUUCAUUCUCUUCAUACACCUUUGCCAGGGAGUGAAACUAUACAUACUCCACUUGUCUCAUAUUCAAAUGAGAGGGAGGAUGGUGUUCCCAAAAUUUCAUUGCCAGUUUUUGGGCUAGCCACAUAUAAAUAUAAAGUAUCAUUGUGGACCCCAAAUGCAGGAUAUCAGCGCCAACUGGUGACCUCUCUCCUUCAGGAUGCUGAUGAUCGGCUAAAAUUGCUGCAGGUCAAUCACCCAGAUUUCCUUUUCUUCAGCAGUAAGUGAAAUCUAGAUAUAGCUUACCUUCCUGCUAGGGAAACCAUAAAGCUCUGCGAGUAAGGUUGCUGGAUGGGUUCUCUGUAUUGUUAUGCUAUUAUUGACUGUUUAGAAUCGAUAUAAAUUGAAAAGAAAAAA